AUGUAUGAUGAAUUAAAAAGUUCUAUAUACCACUGGAUAUCUGUUGAUGAAUCUGAAGAAUUCAUUCCACCAAUAAAUGAUGAAUGCAGGGUGAAUCGUUUGCUUAUAGGCCUCACUGAUCCAUUACGUUUGAUCAGCUUUAUGGACAGCUUAGCUAGAUCGAGUAAUCAGAGAAUGAAUAAAUAUUUUCUGGAUAAUUCAAAAAUGCCUACAAAAAAAAUAGAUAAUAAUGUGGAUCAAUGUGUUGUAACCCUCACUGUACAAGCAGAUUGGUGCAUUAACCUGUUUCGUUGUAUUGGUGAUAUAUUGUUGAAUAAUAUGGCAGAAAGAAUACCUAAAGAAAGUUCAACUAGAAGCUUUUAUAUUUUAUUAUUCUUAUGCAUUUAUGGUCAUCUGCCGUUGAAGUGUUUUACUGUUCCUUGUAUUCUUCAAGAAGUAUUCUCAUCACUUUUGCCUAAAUUGCCUCAUGAAGUACAUUGUAUUUGUUGGUCUCAUCCAGUUAUCUAUGGUCUAGUUAAAUCAUGGGCUUUAUCCACUGAAAAUAUUGAAAAUGAGUUAAAUAUCCCUAUGAAUUCAUCAGUCUGUUUAAUAUUUACCAAUGAUAUACUGCCAAUUUUGAUGCAAUCUUUACCAUGUCUUCAAAAGAUGUUUGAUUCAGCUGGUGUUUCUACAAAAUUAUUAUCCAAUCGUAUUAGUGAAACUUUAUGUUUUUGGGCUCGAGUAUGGUUCAAUAAAAUUAGUGGUACCGAACAUGUUGUACCCAACACAAUUGUUAUUAAUGCCUACAUGAAUAAUUUGCAUUCCCUGUUGACAAGCUGUUUACAUAAUAACAAAUCUAUUUUGUCCUCUCAGAAGUUUCAAAAAACUCCUCCAAUCGGUACAGAACACCGAGACGGAUGCGCACAAAAUGAUGAUGAUGAUAUCAAUGAGUAUACUGAAACUGUGUUCACCUUCAAAGAAUUAAUCCACCGAUCUGAGGGUGUUAUAUUAAACAGAUUGAAUUACGAAAAGGCGUCAGAUUGGCAUGAAGAAAGCUUCUUUAAUCAGUUGACCAAUGUUAUAUUCACGAAUACGGCUUAUUCAAAAUGGAUUACUCCAUUAUUUUGUCAUUUUGUUUCAAGUAUUUAUUCAAGUGUAUGCGAUGAUAAGCAUCAUUCUGUAGUUUCCUCUGUUGCGAAUUUUUCUCGGCUGUGGCUUAAGUAUUUAGUGAAACAUGUAAACGUUGUUUUAGAGGCAGUUGUUAAUGCUUAUCCUUUACCUAAUUUGUAUUUCACUUCUCGACAUCUUUUAAGAGAGUAUAGACUAUGCCCAUUGUCUGUAUUGCCAAGUCUAGGUGAAUUGAUUCGCUUGCAUCAAUUAGGCUUAUUGUUACACCUUCACGUGCACUUAGUUUCAUGCGGUAAUGAGUUAGUUGUAAUCAGUAUUUAUUGUGUCUUGGGUUUAUACGUGUUUGGUUAUCAAGCUUCUGUGAACCGUGGGAUUUAUGCACUGAUUUCGGGUGGACAUCAGAACAAACCAUUUCAAAUGUAUCCGAAUGAAUUUGUCAUCUUCAAACGUGUUGGGAUCUAUUACUCCAUUGGAGUCACCCUCUUAUCUUGUUCUACAUUUGACAAUGAAUUUACUAUUGGUGAAUCGUUUACGUACUGUGCAUCCAAGUUUUGGCCUCAGGAAAUCAAAUGCGCUGCUAUGUGUAAGGAUGAUGAAAAUCAAAAUUCUACAUGGGUUGAACUAUAUUUACCAUUUAAUUCAUCAUCUGAUGUCAAUUAUUCAAAUAAGCUGAGUUUUAAUAAGUGUAUUGAACUGUAUCUGCCUGUGGGUAUUAUUCACCGUUGUUUGCCAAGACAAGAAUUGUUGGGUCUGCUAAAAAGUUUUUCUUCAUUGCUUGGCGACUGUGAUUUGUCAAAUGUGAAUAAUUCUUGUCUAAAGGUUCAUAGUUAUGUUGCCGAGUUGAUUUCAAGUCUGGUCAAUAUUCGUUUAUCUGCUCCCAUUUACCUGACAACAUUUUCUUCCAUCAUGUUAGACGAUUAUCGAAUGUGGCUGACUAAUUUGGCGGAUGUUGUAACAGAGGAUAAAAGUUUGUGUUCACAAUCACCAGAAGUUUUUAAUGCAUGUCUUUCAACAAUGAGCUACCUUGAAUGUUUGUUAUUAUUAUGGCAACCUUGGCAGUGGAGCGUGUUGGAAUCCGAAAAGUCUCCAUUAUCUGUUAGAUUGGGUCUUAUUCAGUUGAGUAUGAGAAUGCGUCAACUUCGACCUUCUUUGUCAAUGCAACAAUGGGAUUUUAUUCUUUGCUUAACUGUUAGUUGGGUUUGUGAAAGUGUUCAAUAUUUCUGUGAAUCAUCAAAAUCUGGUUCUGAAAAAACGGUACAUGAUUUACUGGCAUUUCGGACAUUUCGAAUGGCUGCUGCACUUGGUGCGAUAUUUGUUGAACGUUAUUCAUAUUUACCUUUGUCCGAUUGUAUUAUUUUAAAAGAAAAUAGUUCAAGUAAAACGGUUAUCCAACCUGGUAAUGUGGAGGAAAAUGAUGAGAUAGAAGAUGAAGAACUUGGCAAUGAGUUUCUUGAUGAAGAAGAGAAUGCGAAACAGUUCUCUUAUUCACCAUGUGUUAGUGGUAAGGAUUCAGAAGAUAUUUUGACUGAAAGUUUCAAUAUAGAAUUCGACGAAGAAUUAGAUACGGAUGUUACUCAGAUGGGUGUUGAAGAAGAUACUGAUUUAGAUGAUGAAGAGUACAUGUUUAGUGUCUUCGCAAAGGGAUUACCCCUCAUACCUCGUCGAGGGGAGGCACCUGUAACCGUUCGAAACGAUUGGGAAAAGUUUUUCGCUGGAAACCUCUAUUCCACAUUUUUACCACUUGUUUUACAAUCUUGCAUACCGUUGGAAAAUCGGAAAUCUCAGGCGCUUAUUGAUACUGAUAUACACAUUCGGGCCCUGUGUGCUGCAUUUGCUACCUGCCCAGCUGAUCAUUUAAUAAAUACAUUCACUAUUCAGCCUGCAUUGACACUUGAGUUCUUGGGUGAGGUUCAAUUGAAAACAGAUCAUUCAUGUGCACAUCAGCUAUUACCUUCUAAAAAUUCAUCUGUGUACAACCUGACUUCUGGAUUUCGUGCUAGUUUAGAUAUGGCCUGCAAGUUAAUUACUUACUCACCUCAUCAGUCUGGUCAACUUCUUGGACAUAUUUUACUUAAUCGGCUGUUUGGAAUGCGUGUGCUUCAGGGCAAGAAUAAAGCAUCAGUAUCUAUAGCUAAUUAUCUAAUCCGUCGAAUUCCAACUUCUUGGACAUCAACUUUAUGUGGUGUAUUGCCGCCAUCUGUUGAAAAGUAUUUGGAGAGUGAACUGGCUGCUGAUAACUGGGGUCGUGGUAAUUCAAGCUUAUCACACCUGAUUGAUUUAUCUGCUUCCGGCUGGACUCUAAAUUGUCAGUCCCAUCAAGCUCUUCUGGGUUAUCUACUUGCUUGGGACAGUUUGUUAAGCCUAAUGACUGGCGCUGGCCCACAAACUCGUGCUUUGUUACAAAGCGCCCUUUUGAUUCAUCGGCUUUUAUGCUUGAUAGGAAAUUUAGAAGAUUAUUCAAACCAUGCUUCCAGAUUGGAACCUGAUGAGCGUCUCUUGCUUAUUAACUCAGCAUCCCGUAUGUACCUCACAGCUGCACUGACUGCAUUCUCACGUCGUCAUAAUAGACGACCUGCUAACUUGAUGGAGCCUGUUGCUUGUGGAGAUGAUAGAGAAUGGCGAGAUGUCUUCUCUCCUGAUGAUCCACUUCUUCAAAUACCGGGGCAUAGAGUGGCCUGUGAUAUUAAUCACUUUGCAGUGAGACUAUUUCGUCGUUUCUUAUCGGACGCUCCAGGCUUGAUUCGUGCAUGGCACACUCAACUUACAUCAUCCAGUCCCUCACAAGAUAUUAAUUCACAAAUUAGUCCACUUGCUAAUCACCGACCUGGUCGCUUGCGUCAGUUGGCUGGCACUAUUGAUAAAGUUGUUUCGAACCGAAGCGUUCGUAUAAAAAGCCGUCCCUUAUCACGUGAAGUGAUUGCUACAUAUUUUGUGGAUGAUGAGCAUUCCAUGGAAAUGAUUGUUCAACUACCAGACAACUAUCCUUUAAAUCCAGUUACUGUCAGUAAGGGACGUAGUGUUGGCGUAGGAAGUCAACAAUGGCAGUCAUGGCUAUUACAAAUGUCUGUUUUCAUUAAUAAUCACGACGGAUCCAUUUUAGGCGGUGUCGAUCUGUGGCAACGUAAUGUUCGAAAGAGGUUCGACGGUGUUGAAGAAUGUGCAAUUUGUUACUCAAUUGUGCAUAGUACAAAUUUCAGUCUACCAAAGAUGAAUUGUCAUACUUGUCGUAAAUUGUUUCAUUAUGCUUGUAUGUAUAAAUGGUUUACAACUAGCCGAAAUCCUGUUUGCCCAUUAUGUAGACACUUGUUUUUCGAUCCUACUGGUCGACCUGUAUCAACAUAA